AUGACCAUCAAUAACAAUGAGACAGAGACAGCCAGCUCCGGCUUGCAUACCAACGGAACCAAUGGUAUAGCUAACGGAUUCAAAGUAACAGAACAUGAAACCCCUUUGCCAUCAACACACCCCAAAUGGGUGCCCCUGAAGAAGGAACCAUUGUACAGGCCCAGAAAACUCCGAGUGGUUUGCAUUGGCGCCGGCUAUGCUGGUCUCACUCUGGCAUACAAGUAUAAACACAAGAUGAAGCUGGACAGUUUCAUUGACUUCCAGAUCUAUGAAAAGAAUCAUGACGUGGGCGGAACCUGGCUGGAGAACCGAUACCCUGGCGUCGCCUGUGAUGUUCCCGCCCAUGUCUACACCUUCUCCUGGGAGCCCAAUCCCGACUGGUCACGCUACUAUGCGUCAGGCCCCGAGAUCUGGGAAUAUAUCAAGAAGACGACGACGAAAUACCAUCUCGAUGACUAUGUCCAGUUUAACACCCGGGUCAUCGAGACCAUUUGGGACGAAGACUCGGCCACAUGGAAGAUCAAAGUCGAACACGACGGACAAGUGUCCAAUACCGAGGCCGAUGUCGUGGUCAACGCGGCCGGCAUUCUGAACAAGUGGCGAUGGCCCAAUAUCGCCGGGCUCCGCGACUUCAAAGGCACCUUGCUACACAGCGCCGCCUGGGACGCCACCGCCGACUGGAAAGGCCGCCGGGUCGGCGUGAUCGGCAAUGGCUCAUCGGCCAUCCAGAUUGUGCCCAGCAUCCAGCCGGAGGUCAGCCAUCUGGUCAACUACAUCCGCUCACCGACGUGGAUCUCGACGAACUUCAACCUCGAUUUCGCCCCACAAGGCAAAGGCUUUGUCUUCUCGGAAGAACAAAAGCAGAGGUUCCGAGAUCAUCCUGAAGAGUUGACCAAAUAUAGAAGAGCUAUAGAGCACGACUUCAAUCACAACUUCCCCACCUUCCUGAAGGAUUCGAAAGAGCAGGAAAUGGUCACCACGGCAUUCAGAGAGAUCAUGGCCGAGCGUCUUGGUCAUGAUCCCGAGCUAGUCGAGAAGCUCAUCCCGAGCUGGCAAGUCGGUUGCCGCCGUCUUACCCCCGGCGAGGGCUACUUGGAAGCUCUUACGGCGAAGAAUAGCGAAGCUUGCUUCGACCGCAUCGUCCGGGUCACGCCGUCCGGGAUCGAAACCGAGGCCGGUGAGACCCAGUUGGACAUGAUCGUCUGCGCCACCGGAUUCGACGUCUCCUUCCACCCAUUCUGGAGGCUCGUCGGCCGCGACGGCCGCACGCUGGAAAAGGAAUGGGAGGAUGUGCCCCGGGCAUAUUUUGGCAUCUGCGCGCCUGGCAUGCCCAAUUACUUCAUCUUCAAUGGUCCCAACUGUCCAGUCGGGCAUGGGUCUCUUCUGGCCGUCAUCGACUGGACGGCCGAAUAUAUUCUACGGUGGUGCAGCAAGAUCGCCACCCAUGAUAUCAGUUCCAUCCUUGUAAAAGACGACGUCCUCGAAGAAUUUAAUCUCUAUGCCCAAGAGUUCUUGAAGGGCACCGUCUGGGCAAGUGGCUGCCGCAGCUGGUAUAAAAACAACAAGGUCGACGGGCCCGUCACCGCCAUGUACGCCGGCAGCGUCAUCCACUACAAAGAAUGUCUGGAGAAGGAUCGAGGCGAAGACUUUGACAUCAGAUACAGGAGCCCCAACAGAUUCCGAUUUCUGGGAAAUGGUCAAACUGAACGGGAAGAAAGAGGCGACGACUUGGGUUUCUACUUGGAGGUCUGA